AUGGAUUCUCAAUCUAAGGAUAGUUUCGCCGGCUCGUCCGAUCCGAAUCGCCAGAGACUGCCCCAGAAAGGUGAAGCUUCUCUCGAUCCCGCUUCUCAGCAUCAACAUCCAUCUUUUGAUGCUCUGGUGGUCAGACCACAGCCAAAGAACACAUGGGCGUCCCAAUCAUCUUCUCCAAACUCAUCCCGUGUCUCUUCACCGGGUGAGCUCCAUAUGUCUCCAAGAGAAACACAACUCCCGUUCCAUCUUCAACUUGAAACUUCCCUCAAUGCCCAUAAUAACGCCUUGCACGAUACUACCCCUUCCCACGCUGCAUCCCAGAGACUGAACGCUGCCCCUGGCUCAAAUACCCUGCCUGUGCAUCUGCUGCUUUCGCCUCAGAAUGGUUCCAACUGCCACUCUCCACAUACUGUCACUGCUCACCACAACCUCCCGUCUCCUGACGCCCACCAAGCUGUUCCACAGCCUCCACUAUUACGUAUGGGAAGCUCUACGCAAACAGGAGGCUUCGAUCCACGCUGCAGAAACCAGUCGGUGUCGUUUUCGGACCAGUACGGUUCCGAUAGAUCCAGAAGGUUCACUAUCUCAUCGCAGCCUCUGACAUCCAACUUGACUCAGCAGCAGAAACUUCCUUCGCUGUCUCAGAACUCUGCCAAUUCGGGUUCUGGACCUUCUAGAAAGCUGUCUUUGAGAGGUGAAGGUGUCCCAGCUCUGCUCAGCCGUAACAGUUCAGCUUUGAACGCCAAUAGCCUGUCCCUGCAACUCCAACAGCAUUACGCAGACCAGCAGCAACUGCAGCUAAUAAACCAAUUUCAGAGACUACACGCUGGCAAUGAUAUUCCUGAAGGUGAAGAUGACCAGUCACAGGGCCAAUCCACACAUCAGCAUCUUAAUCCUACGGCUCUUUCACAGACUGGUCAGUCUCAACCACUUUUGCUGCCACAAUCCCUAGCAUCAUCACGCAACGAUUCCCCUGUACCUGCUAAUAAUCAGGAAAAGAGAACAUCUCCAUCGCCUCCACCGCUCCGUCCUACAUUUUCCACCACUCGCUCUGGUUUGAGAACGAGUAGCCGCUCUGCUGUGCCUCAGGUAAGCCGCCUGGAAUCAGGAACCGUUCCAAUCAAGAUUGGAGGAGGCUCUUUGCUGAGAAAGAAUUCAGCUAACAAGAAAUCCAACAAGACUGUUGUUGCUUCUCCUGUGGGCCCUCCAGUUCCUUUCCAGGAGUACUUGACCAAGGAGGACGACAGAAAGUUCCAUAUUCUUCUUGGAUGUACUGGAAGUGUAGCUACUAUUAAGGUUCCUCUUAUCAUUGACAAGCUUUUCCAGAUUUUUGGCAACCAGAAACUUUCCAUUCAACUUGUUGUCACUAAAGCAGCAGGCCAUUUCCUCAAAGGUUUGAAAAUUCACAACGACGUGAAGAUUUGGAGAGACGACGAUGAAUGGGCAAACUUCACAGAGUGGAAUAAUUCAAAUACAACAACCACUGCAUCCACUUGCGAGCCCCAUCCUUCUACUAAGAAGUCUAAGAAUCCAUUUGAUAAAAUGAUAUUGCAUAACGAACUCCGGAAAUGGGCUGACAUCAUGUUAAUUGCACCCUUGAGUGCCAAUACGUUAGCCAAAAUCGCCAACGGUAUCUCAGAUAACUUGUUGACAUCCAUCAUCAGAUCGUGGGGUCCAACGGGAGCAAUUAAUGGUCAAAGCACAACUAAAAAGCCGAUCUUGGUGGCACCCGCUAUGAAUACCUUCAUGUACACCCAUCCUAUGACAGCCAAACAGCUCAAAAUGAUUGCUACUUCCGAUGAAGGCUUCGGAAUGGAGAUUUUGAAGCCUGUGGAGAAGGUGUUGGUCUGUGGAGAUAUUGGUAUGGGAGGUAUGAGAGAAUGGAUUGACAUUGUCGAGAGGCUUCGUGUCAGAGUUAAGCAUGUUCUCGCAGAGCGGGCUGCUUCUGAUGGACUUGACGUCACUUUAGAGGAGCAAGAUGAAGAAGACGACGAAGAUGAUGACGACGAUAAUAAUAACAAUAAUGAUGGUGACGAUGACGACGACGACGACGACGAUGAUGACGAAGAUGACGACGAUGACGAUGACGAUGAUGACGAUGACGACGAUGACGGUGAUGAUGAUCAAGAGGAUGAGGAUGACACUAAUGAACUCGAUGAGAAGGACGAGGAAGACUCUGGAGCCUUCAGAGGCAGCAGACGCGGAUCAGUCGAAAGAGCGCAAGAGAAAAAAGCCGGCAGGGGAAGAUCAGACAAAGACGACGGUCUUCUCUUUGAAUUAUCAGAGGAUACCCCAUCAGAUGUUGUCAGUGAGAUCCAGCGCAACAUCAGCCCCGUCAACGAAGAAGCACAGUCCAUCAUCUAA